CAACGGAAGGCUGUUAGUUACCACAGAACAACACCAGGCCGAAGACUUAAAGGAACUGAACAAAAGCCGUUUUGCAACAACAACAAAAAAAUCGUUCAGUAUGGGUCCGCCAGGUGACAAACCACGUCGUGUGUCGUCUGAAAGAACGGAGGAUUUCAUUUGGUUUGUCAAUUUAUCUUGACAUGUAGUUAGUUGGUGGUUGUGACGACUGAAGAAAAGCACGAAAAAAAGCGCAGAUAGCUAACGAGUACUUCGGAACUUGAGCGCGUGAGAGAUUUUGACGUUUGUUGGCUGUAGAAACCAAGUUGGUUCUCUCAACGGCAAUCCUAAACAUCAAGAUGAUAUCAAAUAAAAAUGUAAUUUAAAAUGACGAACAAAAAAAGUUAGCCAACCAACCAUAGAAGGCUCGACAUUGCAUACCAAGCAAGCCAGAUAGAACUCGCCGGAAAUGUAAAACCAAACAUGACUGUCAGCUAGCUAGCUAACCGCAAAGUAGGCCUCAAUUACUCCAAGUAGGAUAAAGAUAAGAUGUAGCUAGCCAGUUGGUCCACUAACUAGUUAGUGUUGAGGUGUAUGAUACUUAGCCUAGCUAGCUAGCUCAUGUUAGCUAGUCAGCUAAAAUACUCCCGUGACUAUGAGUAUCGACAAUGGAAGUAAACAAGGCCGCGAGCCAGUUCAACGGCAAUAAGCCCCGAGAUGUCAAACUACUCUGUAAACUUCAAUGUUGUAACGUUAACCCGGUGCCAACAUAUUCUGGCAUCCACAUUUUCUUGCCAUUAUGUUUGUCUGUACCCCCAGUCAUUAAGUAGAACGGUCACAACGCGAUCUCUACAGAGAAAUAAACGAACAACGUCAGUCAUGGACGAAGCCUUGAGCUUGAGCAGUCACCAAUAGAAUUGUGUCGGCUUGCUAGUUUGUGUAGUACAGUAAUCUUUUUUACUAGCAAGAAGUCGUGUCGUUAUGGGUUUUGGAUAUAGCUACUCUUUCUGUUGUCAGUAACAAAGGAAAAGUGAACCUAAAUUCUAUUUGUCUUUCAGUUAACUCAUUUGUUAAUCGUAGGCCAAUGAUGUGUUGAAUUAAAAGGUUCUCGAAUUCGAAUGUCACAACAUGGCGUCUUGAGUAAUUAGCGAAACAAAUGUAGUCACAUAUUCAUUAAGAAUCCCCUUCCUGCACAUAACCCCUUUAAAUAAAAAAUAAAAAUGACAUAGCUUGACAUUUAAUUUGUUUACACCUUCAGUUGGUAGUAGGUAUUUUAGGAGCUAGUGUAGAAUCUUUUGAUUUCACAUUUCUGUAAGGGGUAGCUAACUACUCUCAAAGUAAAUAGAAAACUCAAAAGUAUAGUCAGAAUAUUCUGUAAAAGACACUGCCAUCAAAAUCUAACAAUGGGGGAUCCAACCUCCAGAAGAAACCAAACUAGGAAUCGGCUCCGUGCUCAGAUUCGGAAGAAAAGGGAAUCUUUGGCUGACCAGUUCGACUUCAAAAUCUACAUUGCCUUUGUGUUUAAAGACAAGAAGAAGAAGUCCGCACUUUUUGAAGUAGCUGAAGUGGUACCAGUGAUGACCAACAACUAUGAAGAGAAUAUCCUAAAAGGUGUGCGGGACUCCAGCUACUCCCUGGAGAGUUCCAUAGAACUUCUGCAAAAAGAUGUCGUGCAGCUGCACGCCCCACGCUACCAAUCAAUGCGCCGGGAUGUCAUAGGGUGCACCCAGGAAAUGGACUUCAUCCUGUGGCCGCGCAACGAUAUAGACAAGAUAGUCUGUCUCCUGUUCUCCAGGUGGAAGGGAAGCGAUGACGAACCCUUCAGGCCUGUUCAGGCCAAGUUUGAGUUUCACCAUGGGGACUAUGAAAAGCAGUUUCUGCACGCUGCCGGACGGAAAGACAAGGCUGGAAUGGUGAUGAACAACCCUGCUCAGUCAGUGUUCCUCUUUAUGGACAGACAGCACUUACAGACUCCUAAAACCAAGGCCACAGUUUUCAAGUUGUGCAGCCUUUGCCUGUACCUCCCUCAGGAUCAGUUGACAUGCUGGGGCGUGGGAGACAUCGAGGACCAUCUCCGCCCAUACAUGCCUGACUAGGGUCGGCCUGCCUCCGUCGCUUUCAACCAAACCGCCAGGACGACUUGUUACUUAAACGCCAAGCCACUGAAGCAAGUUGAUCUCAUCCACCACACAUCCUUUCUUACGUUGAAUAGAAUUGAACUUGUGCUUGGAUCGCCUCUUUCGUUUAUUUUACCACUCGUUCAAUUUUCAUCCAUCUUGAAGCCAAUUUGUAAAAUCCAUCUUUUUGUUUUCCCGUACCUACCAAGCCUACCCUCCUACAAGUUUUGGAUUGGUUCACCCCUUUUUCCUCCCCUCUCCUUCGGGACACCAACUGUCAUUUACCCCAUCCGUCUGUCCUGAUUAUUUUGAACCUGCACGAACAUUGAUUUGGGUGGUUGGUUGUUUGUUCCCCUGGAGCUGCUCUGUCUGAGACACACAGACCAGGCGGUUUUUGAAAGAAGGUACUCUUCAUGUUGCUACUAAGCAGGAACCAAACUACAAAGGUUUUCCUGACGUUCACAGGUUCUCCGUCUGGUGGACAGAUACGUUGUAAUGUCCAAUACAUGUCAUGCAUAACAGAUUGUAACAGCUUCUGUCAUUUCAAAUGUGGGGAUGAGAGGAAAGGCUACCAUGGGGAUUUCCAGAAUAACUGUAGCUACAAUUUAUGAUUAGACUAGAGAUGGGUGUAAGGUGUUCAGUAAACUCCUGUUAAACAAAGAUGACAAAGGUGGAAGAAUGUCAAUCAUUUGGUGUAGGUAUUUGCUUCUUUGUUUUUCCUUUUUAUCUGCCUUUUUUUUUUUUUUUGCUGGAUGUUUUAUUUUUGGCUGUCAUUUGCUUUCCUGUGAAAUAGGCCAUUGAUAAGAUCUGAUGUGUGAAUUCUCACUAAUGGGAGGGUGUUGUGAACGCUUAGUGCAGACCCACACACAACCGUGUGAUAUUUUGGUUAGAUGCUGAAGGGUGUGACCUAGCAAGCCAGUCAUGCGUUUCACCAACUGAAAUCUGAUGUUUAAAUGUAUUUUAUUUUCCAGGUGUGGGUUGGCAAGGAUGUUGAAUUUUGAAAAACAAAUGUUUAUAAAGUUAAUGUACCUAACAGUGGGAAAGGUUGAGUUGAAAUUAACGGAUCGCUCUUUUUUUUAAAUUUUAUUUCUUAAUUUGACAGGCAUAUGUAUCCUUAAGAUCCAUUUGCCCUGGUGCAGUGCUUAACUUUUUUAAAGGGGAUGUUUUUUGCAAGCUUGCUUUGCUGGGCACAGUCUGUCAGUAAAUUAAAUUUUGUUUUUCUUUGUUAA